AUGCUUCCCACAAUCGCCACCGCCACCGCCCUGGUGCUGGGCUUGGCCUCGCCAGCCCUCGGCCAAAACCCGUACGCCAUCACGGGCGUGUCGGUGCCCCGAGGAUGGACUCCCCAGCUGCGGGAGGACAUCAACGACCUCCAGCGCGCGGGAGGCCCGAAAUGGGACCUGUACGUGCAGGCGCUCUCGGCGAUGCAGGAGAGCAACGCGGUCGAUCCGUUGUCGUACUUUCAGAUCUCCGGCAUCCACGGUAUGCCCUACACGCAGUGGAACAACACGGGAGCGGGCAUCCAGGGCAACUCGUGGAUGGGAUACUGCCCCCACGGUGAGGAUCUCUUCCUUCCCUGGCACCGACCCUACGUCGUCCUCUUCGAGCAAUCGCUCGUCGAAGCGGCUCGUCGGAUCGCCCUUCGCUAUCCCGCCCAGGACCAGCCACGGUACCGGGCGGCGGCCGAGCAGCUGCGAUCGCCCUACUGGGAUUGGGCCACCGACUCGCGCGUGCCUCCGGUCACGACGCAGCAGCAGCUCACCAUCAACGUGACGGUCAACGGCGCCGUCCAGGCUCGCUCGGUCCGAAACCCGCUUUGGUCCUACCAGAUGCCCCAGCAGGCUCUCAACGGCCAGUUCGGAACCUUUGACAGGAGGCCGAACACGAUCCGCUGCGUCGGCAACGGCAUAAGAUAUCCGGACACGGCCGACAUGCGUCUGGCGUCGCGUCAGUUCAAGUCGUGGUCGUACGACGCCUUGACCCGCGCCCGGUCCUUUGCCGACUUCACGUCCGGAGCGUCCAUCGGCCUCGAGAACAUUCACAACGCCGUUCACGUCGACGCCGCCUGCGGCAACCAGUUUGGCAACCCGAACGUCGCCGCCUUUGACCCGCUCUUCAUGCUUCACCACACCAACGUGGACCGACUCUGGGCCUACUGGCAGGCCAUGAACCCGAGCCAGGACAUGUUCCAAAACUCGUACAGAGGCGGCGCCCGCUUCUCGACGCCGGGCGGCACCACCAUCACCUCGCGCUCCCCCCUCCAGCCCUUCUACGGCAACGACCGCGUGGUGCACACGUCCGAGUCGGUUCGAAGCAUCCGCAGCUUCAACUACGCCUACCGCGGCCUCGAGUACUGGAACACGAACGCCGAGCAGAUGCGACAGAACGCCGUCCGGCUCAUCAACCAAAUGUACGGUCCGGUCCGAAGCCCGCCGCCCAUGUCGGGACCUCCCGGUCCUCCUGGUGGUCCUCCUGGCAGCGUUCCGGUCAUCGAGCCGGUGCCGAAGCGACGAUACUUUGCCCGGAUCAGCGCCGACAGGGAGGACCUGCCUCGGCCUUGCCAGAUCGAGAUCUUCUACAACAACAAGAGGGCCUCGAGCCUCGCCGUCCUCGCCAUCCCCGAGACCGGCAAGGUCGCCGCCGGUCUGCCCCUCGACGAGGCCCUCGAGGCCGACGGCGUCACCGAGUUGCCCGUCAACGAGGCCCGCGCUCGCAUCCUGAAGUCGCUCCGCAUCCAGGUCACCAAGACGGACGGAACGGUAGCCCCGACGCCGGAGAAGUUGCAGCUCGUGCUCGAGGAGGUCAUGGUCACGCCGCCCCGAUCCGAUGCCGACUUGCCCAAGUUCAGCAGCCCCAUCCUGACGCCCAUCACGCCCGGCGAGAAGCCCAAAGCAUAA